AGUAAAUCCCUGGCAUUGUCGUAACUGCUGCUGCACCCUUUUUGAUAAUUUUCCGGUGUUUAAACACACUACAUUGUGCAUAAAGUGUUUUUCUCGUGUGUUUUGAUUUUUUUUUUGUUAAAUUCCCGUUUGGUGAGAGUGUGAAUACAAUUCAGAUGUGCAACUCUUUUUAAUAGCUACUAAAAAGAAAAUAAUAAACAAAAAGAUACAAUUAAUUUGGAAGCACAACAUCAAAAAAAAAAACAACAACUGAGAACAAAACAGUGGUGCAAGUGUUUUUGUGAAAUCGAUCUGGGGAUUUAAGCAGUUGAAAAUAAAAAAAAGUGAAUUUAAAUCUGAAAAUAAAAUAAACCACAAAAAAGGCAGUGAAAAAACAGCAUUGUGAUGGCGUGGGGCUAUUGGAGUGCAACAGCAGUUGAUCGAGGUCGAUCACCGCGACGCAACACACAAUGUACGGUUAUGCCAAUCAACACAGUUCCACAAAGUGAACCGCCAGCACCGACAUGCUAUAGCCCGUGCCGAAGUAGUCGUUGCAGCAGUCCAUCGUGUCAAGCUCAAUGUCAGGAUAGUCAAUGCCACUGUAUUGAAGAUUCACCGCCGCCACAUUCAGCGCUAUCACAGCAAUCGUGUCCGAUUGAUGGUGGCACUGGAAACGGUGGAUCGGUCAUUAUGAACGAUGAGUACUCUAGGCGAACCUCAAUUGAUCGAUUGGAUAGUCCACAGGUGUUACCAGAGGCUACAAUCAAUCUAAACGGAAAAAAGUCGUAUGAUUUUGACAUACAGGCGAAUCAAUUAUCGGAUAUAUUGUGUCGUGGUGCGACCGUUUCAAGUGUGCAAUCUACAAAUAAUACAUUGACACGUAAUUCAACGUUACGCGAUACCGGCGAUUAUGAUGUACCACAUCCGCAUCCGUAUACACAUCAUUAUAUGACGACAUCGGCAACACCGCAAGCAAUGAGCAUUCAUGGAUCUAGCCCACAAGGAACAAACUGUUCUGGAGAUGACUAUUGGCUACAAAAUUCUGGGCCGCGAGUUUGUUUCUCUGAAGAAAUUAUGAGUUUUUCGCAGCAAACAAUGGCAAACAACUAUCCACAUCCACACACAAACAAAACAAAUCACAACAAUUUGCCUUACACAACAUCAGGAUCGGCAUCGGGUUCCGGUUCAAGUCCAGGCAUUAGCGCCGGCAGCGGAAGCAUCGUUGGUAUGGACAGUAUGAUUUGUACAGGACGAGGAACGGCCGGAGUUUAUAGCGAAUCAAUGCCAAUUAAUUAUUUGGAAGCGUGCAUGCACUACGAACGACCGAUACCAAUUGUUCCGCCACCGCCACAAAUGCAUUCCGAGGAUGAAAUCGAACCAGCUUACGCCACAGUAUUCCCAAAUGUGCCAUCAGCACCUGGAAUGUCUUGUGUCGGCGAAGAUCGGAGCAUUUAUCGACGUGGUGCUCGACGAUGGCGAAAAUUGUAUAGAGUGAAUGGUCAUAUUUUCCAAGCGAAGCGUUUUAAUCGCCGUGCAUUUUGUGCAUAUUGUCACGAUCGCAUUUGGGGUUUAGGUCGUCAAGGAUUCAAAUGUACGCAAUGUAAAUUACUUGUUCAUAAAAAGUGCCACAAAUUAGGUUCAAAAUCAUGUACCAAGGAACAAGUGGAACCGAUUCUAAGCGAUAGCCACAAUGGCGUUAGCAACGAUCAUCAAGCAAUAGAAAAUGUUCCACCGGCCGCCGAUUAUCCACCAGAAAUACCAGAGCACGGUGAUGUUGGUGCUAUUGAAGCAGCGCCUGCUGUUGAAGAAACAUUGGAAAUUGGGCCACAGCGACAGUAUUCAUUGGACGAUUUUGAAUUGAUUCGUGUUAUCGGCCGAGGUAGCUACGCAAAGGUGUUAAUGGUCGAAUUGAAACGCACUAAGCGCAUCUAUGCGAUGAAAGUAAUUAAAAAGGCAUUAGUCACCGAUGAUGAAGACAUUGAUUGGGUGCAAACGGAAAAACAUGUGUUUGAAACGGCAUCAAAUCAUCCGUUUUUGGUCGGUUUACAUUCAUGUUUUCAAACACCAUCACGGCUUUUCUUCGUAAUCGAAUUUGUGCGCGGUGGUGAUUUAAUGUUUCACAUGCAACGACAGCGUCGUCUACCCGAAGAGCAUGCCCGUUUCUAUGCCGCUGAAAUUAGUUUGGCAUUAAACUUUUUACAUGAAAAAGGGAUCAUUUACCGAGACUUGAAAUUAGAUAACGUCCUAUUGGAUCAUGAAGGUCACAUUAAACUAACUGAUUAUGGCAUGUGUAAGGAAGGAAUACGCCCGGGCGAUACAACAUCAACAUUCUGUGGUACACCAAAUUAUAUAGCGCCAGAGAUACUUCGCGGCGAAGACUAUGGUUUCUCGGUCGAUUGGUGGGCUUUAGGUGUAUUACUUUAUGAAAUGCUCGCUGGACGAAGUCCGUUCGAUAUAGCCGGAGCCAAUGACAAUCCGGAUCAGAAUACCGAAGAUUAUCUCUUCCAAGUGAUUUUGGAGAAAACCAUUCGUAUUCCAAGAUCGCUCAGCGUGAAAGCAGCAACAGUGUUAAAAGCGUUCCUCGAAAAGAGACCAGGAGAACGGUUGGGAUGCAGUCGACAAAAUCCAUUUAUGGAUAUUGUGAGUCAUCCAUUCUUCAAGUCCAUUGACUGGGAAUCGCUUGCUCAAAAGGAAAUCGCACCACCUUUUAUACCAACAUUCGAUCCGGAAGAUACGGAUCUUACUUCAAAUUUUGAUCCUCAAUUUACACGAGAGCCGGCUGAUUUAACGCCUGAUGAUCCCCAUGUCAUCGAACGCAUCGAUCAAAGUGAGUUUGAGGGAUUCGAGUAUGUGAAUCCAUUGCUAAUGUCAUUGGAGGAUUGUGUCUGACAUCAACCAUCGUGCCAAUUGCAUUCAUGUAACAUGCAGUCAACUGUUCCAUACAGCAACCACAAGCGUGUCAACGAUCAAAGAAGAAAAGUGUUUUGAUUUAUUAUUAUCGUGCAUAUUUAGUUUAUAUUAAUCAUUUACAUUCCAAUUUCAAAUUCGCCGGGCGAUUAUGUCCUGAAAAAUUUCUGCCUCACGGAAGAACAAAAAAAAUAAAUAACAAUUCCUUCCUUAUUAUUUAAUUGAAAAAACAAAAAAAAAACAAAAACAAAAAAACAUAUUUUAUGAUUAAUAAUCGCAUUGUAUUGUCAUUUUGCUCAUUCAUUUCAAGUGUUUAGUUUUUAUUAUUGUUUUGUUUAUUUAUUUUGUUGGAAACAAAAUGUGGCCCAAUCAUUUUCGGUUUCCAUUAGUUUCGUUUAGUUUCGUUUCGCAUGUUAUGUUUUUUUUUUAAUUGAUUGAUUUUUAUAUGUUUUGAACACGCCGAUAUUCAAUCAACGAAUAAUAUAAAUUUAUACACUCACACAAUAAGAGAAAUUUAACUAAAAUUAAAACGAAAUUUCGAACAAAAAUAUCAUCAUUACCGAAAUGAAGCUAUACGGAGAUGGAUCAAGCGAUUAUGAUUCAGUUGCUGAUGAUGAGAGUUUAACGCAGAUACCUCCACCACCAUCCAAAAGUUUACUGCACAUGUUUUGCCUUCCAAUGAAUUAAAAAAACAAACAAACAAAUAACAAAGAAAAAACAACAACAACAACCAAAACAACUAACUUACAAACAUUUAAUAAACACUCACAUAUAUAUAAAGAGAAACAUAAAUACAAAAAUGACCGUUUGAAUUAGCAACAUGAAACAGAACAAAAAUGAAACCACAACACACAACACACACCACACAAAAUAUGAUUAUGAUGUAAUGGUUAAUAUAGUUGGAUAGAGAGAAAUUUCGUAGGGAGAAGUAAGAACAUAAACAAAAAAAUAUAAAAAAGAAGAGAAAAAGAAAACUUUAAGGAAAUGUGUGAUAAUGUCGCCAUCGAUAUCAUCCCCAUGUACUUAAUCAAUGAAUUUAAAGAAACUUUCUUUAAAAUGAAUCACAAAAGUAACUGAAAUUUAAAAUGUAGGUAACAUUAUUAAUACUAUUAUUACAAUUUACAAAACAUGAUUAAAAUCAAGGGGUUAGAAUCAAAGUUUUAAAUAAAAGAGAUGGCGACACCAAUGAGCAAAUUUAUUGAACAAAAAUCGAGAGAAUAAAAAAUACGACCGAGAUUAAAUGAUAGUUGAAAAAAUGAUGGAUGACAAACAAAAAUGUCGACAAUUCGAUACUGAAAACUAUUAAAAACUAGAUCCAUAUGAUAUAAAAUAAUAUAUAAAUUGUUAAAUUGCACACUUUUAUUUUCUAGUUGAGUUCGAACGUUAAAUUCUAUAAACAUAAACGACAACAACAUGAAACUAAUUGAAUUUUCUGUUUGCAGUCGCUAAAAUUGUGUAAUCAAAAGAAAAAAAAAAUAAUAAUGAAAAAGCAAAAAACGAACGGCGCAAAGCGAAAGAAACGAAUAUUUUUUUUUAGAUGAGUGAAUGAGCGAACGCGCAAUUUUACUAACUACUUCUCCUAUUGAAUUUUCCAACUCUAAUUAUAUUUAUUCUAAAAAGCUGUAAUUGUCUCCUGAUGCUGUGUGUUUGUCAUAUCCAUUAAGAAUAUCAACAUUUUCCGUGUCGAAAAAAAGUGACUAAGUCAUUAUUGAUUGUAAGUGACUAUAGUCGACUAAAUUCAUUAAUUUUGACAUUUUGUAUGGAAAACAAGCGACUCUAGCCACUCAGUCGAUUUUUUGGGACGGUUUGACUACUAGUAUGUCGGGUGACUAUGAUUAUUGUCAAUUAUAGUCAGCUGCUGUUGAUUAGUUAACUAAAUCUAACUAAAGUUGUUUAUUUUUACAGUCAAUAGUCAGCCCAAUUUGUCCCAAAACCGUCAGUCACUUUUUUUUUGCACACGGAUUUGUUUUCCUCAAACUCUUCCCCAAAAAUUAAGAUGACUACAGUCAAUAUAAUUUGUUUUUACGAAAAACUAUUUGCUUUUGAGUUUUCACGCAAAUGGAUUUUUGUCAUUUUUAUCGCAUACACAUACAAACACAUCUUUUCAAAACUUCGUCCACAUAAAGUGUUAACAAAA